UAAAUUGCAAGGUUACGUAUUACUUAACUUUCGCGUUAAUUGUUGUAUAAACAAAUAAUCUUCUAUGCAAGUGAUUUUCAUUUUGUUACAAUACUAAAGUUGGUAAAUUAUCUCAAAAAUUUUGACAUUUAAACAUCAAUCCAAAAAAUAUAUCAAACAUUCCGAAAAAUGAAACGCAAAGCUGACUCUUUAGAAACGGCCAAGGAAGGAAACAAUCAACAAAUUGUUUACUGUAACGAGGAUUCGGAUGAGCGUUUACAACCGAUUGAAGAGGAACCGCCAAACAAGCAAAAAUGGUAUGAGUGUCCUUCAUGUCCUUACAAAACUAAACGGAAACACGACUUGCCCAAACAUCUAUUGGUACACGACAACGACGUUAUCAGGUACAAAUGUUCGUUGUGCAGCUAUGAAACUAAGCGGAAGAAUGAUAUGCCAAAGCACAUGUUGACACACUGUGACAAAGGUAUUGAAAGAUUUAAGUGUCCCCAUUGUCCGUACCAAACAAAAAGAAAGAAUGAUUUGCCAAAGCAUUUGUUGUGCCAUAAAGCAACUGAUGAAGUAGAACUGUUCUACUGUAAUGAAUGCACUUACAGCACAAGAAGAAAGGGAGACCUGAGCAAACACUUAGUCAAACAUCAGGAUGAUCAGGAAUUGUGUUCCUACUUCUGUUCAGAAUGUGAAUACUUCACCAAGAGAAAGAAUGAUUUGUUCAAGCACAUGAUCAUUCAUUGUGAUAAAAUUAUUGCUGGAGUUUUUAAAUGUAGGCAUUGCCCAUUUAAUUCUGAUAGGGUGCACAAAUUUUCUAAACAUCUUCUCAACCAUUGCACAUAUGGAACCGAUAAAGAGUACAGUGAAGUUUUUCAAAAACCAGUUGGGAAAUCGUCAGUGGUUGCCUGAACAUUAAGUCUUAUUUAGAAUUUGUUAAUAAUUAAAUAUGACUUCCUUGAGUGCAAACUGGUCAUAUUGUAAAUUAUUGAAUAAUGUUAUUAGUUUUUUAUUUGAUUGUAUAUUGUUACCCUAUAAAGUUAAACUUUACAAUUGG